CUCGGGCAAAAUUUUCUAGCUGGCACGGCUCUGAACACUCCCGGCCCUCGCUACUGUACUGUGCUUUCGCAUGUCAAAGUUUCCGGAAAUGUUCAUUUCCGUCUUCUCUCUACGAUUUUAAAAUACCUAUGUCUCUGAUAUACACAUUUUCUGUCGAUCCGUAAACCUAGUUUUCCCGAGAAGAAGGAAAAGAACGUAGACACAGAAUGCCUCGAGAAAUAAUCACACUGCAAGUAGGACAAUGCGGGAACCAGAUCGGCAUGGAAUUCUGGAAGCAGCUCUGCCUUGAGCACGGUAUUAGCAAAGAAGGCAUUCUCGAGGAUUUCGCCACUCAGGGAGGUGACAGGAAAGAUGUGUUCUUCUACCAAGCUGAUGAUCAGCAUUACAUACCACGAGCUUUACUAAUCGAUUUGGAGCCUAGGGUAAUCAAUGGUAUUCAAAACGGUGAUUACCGAAAUUUAUACAAUCAUGAGAAUAUCUUUGUUUCAGAUCAUGGUGGUGGUGCUGGAAAUAUCUGGGCCAGUGGAUAUCAUCAGGGAAAGGGUGUCGAAGAGGAUAUAAUGGACAUGAUUGAUAGAGAAGCUGAUGGAAGUGAUAGCCUUGAGGGUUUUGUUCUGUGCCAUUCAAUUGCUGGAGGAACAGGAUCAGGUAUGGGUUCGUAUCUAUUGGAGACUCUGAAUGAUAGAUAUAGCAAAAAGCUGGUUCAGACUUACAGUGUAUUUCCUAACCAGAUGGAGACAAGUGAUGUGGUGGUACAGCCCUACAACUCACUUUUAACACUCAAGAGACUGACACUAAAUGCUGAUUGUGUUGUUGUACUUGACAACACUGCACUAAAUAGAAUUGCUGUGGAACGCCUACAUCUAUCAAAUCCUACUUUUACUCAGACUAACUCUUUGGUAUCUACUGUGAUGUCUGCAAGCACAACAACAUUACGGUAUCCUGGUUAUAUGAACAAUGAUUUGGUUGGUCUACUUGCAUCUUUAAUUCCAACACCAAGAUGCCAUUUUCUUAUGACAGGAUAUACACCUCUAACAGUGGAACGCCAGGCUAAUGUGAUUCGUAAAACCACUGUGCUUGAUGUGAUGAGAAGACUUCUGCAGACAAAGAACAUUAUGGUGUCCUCUUAUGCAAGAACUAAAGAAGCUAGUCGAGCAAAGUACAUCUCAAUAUUGAACAUCAUUCAAGGAGAAGUGGACCCUACUCAGGUUCAUGAAAGUUUGCAGAGGAUUCGUGAAAGAAAGCUGGUUAACUUUAUCGAGUGGGGCCCUGCUAGUAUACAGGUUGCUUUGUCAAGAAAGUCUCCAUAUGUCCAAACUGCCCAUAGGGUAAGUGGUCUCAUGCUAGCAAGCCAUACUAGCAUCCGACACCUCUUCAGCAAAUGUUUGAGCCAAUAUGAGAAGCUAAGGAAGAAGCAAGCUUUUCUUGAUAAUUAUCGGAAAUUCCCAAUGUUUGCUGACAAUGAUCUUUCUGAAUUCGAUGAAUCAAGGGACAUACUUGAGAGUUUGGUUGAUGAAUAUAAAGCCUGUGAAUCCCCAGAUUACAUCAAAUGGGGAAUGGAGGACCCUGACCAAAUUUUAACAGGAGAAGGCAAUGUUACUGGAAAUGUGGAUCCAAAAUUAACAGUUUAGACAUAGUAAAGUUAAGAGUGGAGACUUGUUUCUAGACGCAUUGAUUGAAGUGUCAAGGAUUGUUCGACUUCUGCAUUUUUACUUCUUGAUUAAUAUGCAUUGCAAAUACUAUGGAACUUGAGAAUUGGAAAAAGAAUUUCACUUGCUAUUUGGCCAUAAAGAAGUUCUGGACUGGAGUUUGGUUUCUCAUUUGCAUCAGGUUGGGGGUUUCUUUCCAGCAACCAGGAUGUGUGAACUGUUUUAUGAACGUCUCUCUGGCAAUUCAAUCCAUUGAGUGCAUUUUGAAUUUGAAUUGUGUAUCACUUAUCUCCUUUAGCCAUGGAAUGUGUAAGGAAAGCUAAAACAGAGCCAAACAGAGAAGCAAUAGCGAGGGAGAAAAAAUAUUUCAUUCCACUCUCAUAAAAAAUACAAUGUACAUGUUGAAAUAUAUACAAGAAAAUUUUAACUAAUUUAGCUGACGUGUAUAUGGCUCACCUAUUAGAAAAAUUCUCUCCUAACAAACUCACUGCCCUUCCUAGACACGCUAUAAUAAUGUGUACAGCUCAUACUUAUAGCCCCCCCUCAAGAUGGAGGUGGGGAGAAAUCAACCAACCCCAUCUUGGACAAGAGAAAAUGAAACAUGUGUUUAGCGAGAGGCUUGGUAAAAAGAUCGGCUAACUGAAGCUUAGAAGAAAUAUGUGAAGUAGAAAUAAAACCAGCAGCUAAUUGAUUUCUCACAACAUGACAGUCAAUAUCCAAGUGUUUUGUAUGUUCAUGAAAAACUGGAUUAGCAACUAUAUGUAUGGCAGCUUGAUUGUCACAUCUUAAAGAAAUGGGAAGCUGAAUAUUGACUUGUAAAUCACGAAGAACAAAAGUAAUGCAUUGAAGCUCGCAAACAGUAGCUGCAUACUACGAUAUUCUGCUUUUGCAUAGGAACGGCUAACAGUCUGUUGUUUCUUGGAUUUCCAAGAAAUGAGGGAAGGACCCAAAAAGACACAAUAUCCUGUAAUGGACUUACGGGUAAUAGAACAUGAACCCCAAUCUGCAUCACAAUAAGCAGAUA